GGUGCUGGAGGAGCGGCGGCGGCACCUGGCGGGCGCGGCGGGGCAUCCUCCUCGCCGCGGGUAGGGCGGCGGCAGCGGCAUCGGGAGCUGCGCUCGGCCCCGGGGCUGAGCCAGGAGGGACCAGCCCAGCCUCACGCCUCGCCUCGAGGAGGAGGAGGAGGAGGAGGAGGAGGAGGGAGGAGGAAGAAGAGGAGGUGGAGGCUCCGCCGGCUGCUCGCUCCGGCAGAGGCUGCGCGGCCGCAGAAGGAGAGGGGACCAUGAGCCACGCCGUGCUGGCCUGGCUGGCGCUCUGCGGGAGCCUGGCGCUCGCCCGAGGAGACCUGUGUGACUCCAAUCCAUGCAAAAAUGGUGGCAUCUGUCUGUCAGGGCUGAACGAUGACUUCUACUCAUGCGAGUGUCCUGAAGGCUUCACAGACCCCAACUGUUCUAGUGUUGUGGAGGUUGCCUCCAUUGAAGAGGAACCAACCUCAGCAGGACCCUGCCUUCCUAAUCCAUGUCAUAAUGGUGGGAUGUGUGAAAUUAGUGAAGCAUACCGAGGCGACACAUUCAUAGGAUAUGUUUGUAAAUGUCCAGAGGGGUUUAAUGGGAUUCACUGCCAGCACAAUGUAAAUGAAUGUGAAGCUGAACCCUGCAAGAAUGGUGGAAUCUGUACAGAUCUUGUUGCCAACUAUUCCUGUGAAUGUCCAGGUGAAUUUAUGGGGAGAAACUGCCAACAGAGAUGCUCUGGCCCACUAGGAAUAGAAGGAGGAAUUGUGUCAAAUCAACAAAUUACUGCAUCAUCCACUCAUCGAGCUCUCUUUGGACUCCAGAAAUGGUAUCCAUACUAUGCACGACUUAAUAAGAAGGGUCUUGUGAACGCUUGGACUGCUGCAGAAAAUGACAGAUGGCCGUGGAUUCAGAUAAACCUGCAGAAGAAGAUGCGAGUCACUGGAGUUAUAACCCAGGGUGCCAAGAGAAUUGGAAGUCCAGAAUAUGUAAAAUCUUACAAAAUUGCAUAUAGUAAUGAUGGGAAGUCGUGGACAAUGUACAAAGUAAAAGGCACAAAUGAGGAUAUGGUGUUCCGUGGAAAUGUGGACAACAACACCCCGUACGCUAACUCCUUCACGCCUCCAAUAAAGUCACAGUAUGUCCGGCUGUAUCCUCAGGUUUGCAGAAGACAUUGCACGUUGAGGAUGGAACUUCUGGGCUGUGAGUUAUCAGGUUGCUCUGAACCCCUAGGGAUGAAGUCGGGACAUAUACAGGACUAUCAAAUUACUGCCUCCAGUGUCUUCCGGACGCUCAACAUGGACAUGUUUGCUUGGGAGCCCAGGAAAGCUCGGCUGGACAAGCAAGGCAAAGUCAAUGCCUGGACCUCUGGACACAAUGACCAGUCCCAGUGGCUGCAGGUUGACCUUCUUGUCCCUACAAAGGUCACUGGCAUAAUUACUCAAGGAGCUAAAGAUUUUGGUCAUGUCCAGUUUGUGGGAUCCUACAAGCUUGCUUACAGUAAUGAUGGGGAGCACUGGAUAAUAUACCAGGAUGAAAAACAAAAGAAGGAUAAGGUGUUCCAGGGAAACUUUGACAACGACACGCACCGUAAGAACGUCAUUGACCCCCCGAUCUAUGCCCGUCACAUCCGCAUCGUCCCAUGGUCGUGGUACGGCCGGAUCACCCUGCGGUCAGAGCUGCUGGGCUGCACAGAGGAGGACUGACGCGGGGCUCCGCCAGGCCUCACAGCUCUCCACACACCUACCAGUCCCUCCCUAGAAGAAACUGCGCAAAGCCUGUAGGAAGCUGAGUGGGUUUUUCAUGACCAAGUGCUCAUUUUAUGGUAGGCCGCUAACUGUCUUUCGCGAGGAGGUCUAAGCCUGCCCUUUAAAUGAUCCAAUCCGAUUUUGUUCUUGAAAUCUGUUAGUGUUGUCCCUUUAGCUGUGGAAUUAUCUUUCUAGCUCUCCUUUAAGUUGUUCACACUAGUUCAAACAUGUUAGGGAAAAAAAAGCAGCAUCCUUUUUACAAGGGAAGAGAAAUAGCGUGACAAAGCUCAUUUGCAGCUUUAGAAACAUUGGGCUGACGAGUUCUCCAUAAAUCAUUCUGUCAUCUUACUUGCAAAAAGUGAUACUGCAGCUUUUAGCAAUAAGUUUACUUGGGGAUGACUGCAUUAUAGUAAUUGUGCCUAUCAAACACUGUCAGUAUUUAUGACAUAUAUUUUGGAAAAUACUCUAUGGUACUGUAAAAUACAGUACCUGUGAUAUUACAAGCUACCUUUCAUUACUUUCAUCUCAACAGCAGAGUCCAUGCAACUAGCUAAACCCAUUUUCCUUCUCAAUUUUGCAUGCAGUAGACAUAACUAACAUCUUUUCUGUUCAGUAUCACCUUUAAUGUUGUUUUCUCUGAAAGAGGUGACCUGUUUGUAUACAGAACAAAAUCUGCUAUCAGUAUGUUAUGAAGUUAAUGAAUUUGCCAAAAUGUAUUAAUUCUGCUUGAGGUGUGCUUUUUCAAGGAGGGUGAGAUGAGACUCUGGGGUACCUGCGGUUUCUCAUCCUCAGUACUCACAAAGGUACAAGCACAUGGCACAGCAUAAAUCCUGAGCCCCUUGGUGACUUGCCCAGGAGUGAACAACCCUAGAUGGAGCUGUGUGCCUGAUUAAUUCCUUCAGAAACCUCCUGAAUUUCUGUGCAGAAGCACACGUAGGGUGAGGGAAUUAGAUGCUACAAGAUGCACAGGAGGAUUGACUCCUGACUGCAGGGAAACCUUCUCAGCUAGGCUCUUCUUAUGACCCUGGUCAUGUCUUUCUUCCCAAGAAUGGAGGCAAGAGAAGUCGUAGGCGUUCACCAAAGCUGGGCACUUGGUACCCUUUGCUCCCACCUGUGUCCUUGCAGACGAUGAGCCAUGAGGAGGCUGAUCUUUGUCGUGCUUCAUCUGCAGAGAUGCUUCAUACAUACUGUGCUGUUUGAACAACAGGAUAGCCAGCAAGGACCCAGGUGUUGUAAAAAGGUUUGAGGAGGGAAAACUGAACAGUGAGGGGGCAUGGAGGACACCAAUGGUACAGUUAGAUAUUUGAUGUCAGGGCAGACCACUUGGGGCAUCAGUGUAAGGUGGGGAUGGUGGGCAUUGCUACACCUGGCUGUAGAAUUUGGAAACAGGACAGGUGGGUGGGCUUGGCCGCACGGCCAUGGCUCCUUGAAGCAGCUGGUGAGGCAAGAUGGCUGAGCAGCGAGGUGCAAGAGGAGCCUGGGGAAGCGUGCUGCAGUCACAGCUCUGGUACCUGUCUGCUGGGCACUCUUGGGCAAGUCACCUCACCCUCGUGCCUCCGUUUCCCCAGUGGCAGAGGUAACGACACCAACCUUGUGAGGCACUCCCAGAUCCCUAGGCGCUAGGUUCUCCGUGACUAUGCUAGUGUAGCACCAGCGUCUGAAAAAAACCUUGGGAGAAGGAGCAAGGGGGCUUUUUGCUACCAGAAAUGAUGGCACAUGGGGUCACCUUGUUAAUUUCAUAACAUGCUGAUGCGGGGGAAAAAAAUAAAAUAUAUAUAUAUACAGCUGCAUGUUUUAGCAAAUGUCACUGAACUUAUUUUUUGUCACGGUUACAUUCUCACUGAAACCAAAACGCUGAAGUAUGAGCCUGGGUCCUGCUUCCCAGACAAACACCCAGCUGGCCCACAGUCUGCAAAGGGCAAAGUUUGCUUUGGAAACAAAACGGUUUGGAUUUCAAAACCUGCAUUUAAUCACACAUUCUCCACCACAGACGAAAUAUAUAAUCCAUUUAACUGUGAAAGACUCUAGAUUAGCAGCCAGGAAUUUUACAUACAAGAAUUGGGGAUAUAUUGGUGGCGGUUUUCGGAUAGCGUCACUUAAACUGUCACAUUUUAACAAACAGAACACCCUGCCUCUCUAUAAAAUUACUUAAUCCUUAAACUGUAUUUAUACAAGUAUUUAUUUUAUAAGGCUUAGACAUUUAAAGACUUCUACAGAACAGUCUUACAAAGGUGAAAGUAUGUGUAAGAAAUGUUGAGGUCCUGUGCUACACUGCUAAGUUUGUUCUUUAUUUUUUACUUUGUGCUGCAUAACAAAAGCCACUAGACUGUUACUGUCUUGUCUGUAACUGUGUUAACAGCAUUCCUUAAUGAUGUAUAUAUGAAGUGGUCUUCAAACAUAGUGAGCAAUUUUGAAGAGAAAGUCAAUCUCGGGGUAUUUCUAAAGAGCAAGAAGUUUUCUGAAUAAUGGAGGACAAGGGCAUUCCUACAUUACACAGUGCCCGUGUUGUGCACAUCAGGUACCUCAAAAAAAGAAUAUUUAUAUUUUUAGGAAGCACACAGUAUUUAAAGAUGUCCAAAACUAUUUUUCAGUUGUGGGAGAGCAAUUUACCCUUUAUUUAUUUAUAGAACACCAUGUAGCCAUUUAGCUAGUUGACUGUGUACCCAAAAAGUGGGAGGCAUUUCUGAAAAUUAGAGCCCCUAGUUCACAAAGUUAUUUUAAAAUUGUUUUGUAUUUUUUGUUCCCAAGAUAUUUUUUUUAUGUUCAUCUUUUGCAACAUCAGUUUUGGCUUUGAGUUAAUUUGUCUUGUGUUUGUAAUUUGAUUGUUUCCACUUAUCUGCAUAUAAAAGUAGUGUUGUCAUGAUACCUAACACAGUCAUUUUGUUUUGCAUUAGAGUUGAGUAAUUUCAUCCUUUCACUCUCUGUCAGCUUCCAUCUGCCAGCAGUCUUCACAAUCUGAAGAGACAGCUCCAUACAUCGUGAUAAGAUGCUCUGAUAAUUUAUCAAAAAAUCAUAUAGAUGAUGCCCUUACACUUUCAGCCAAUGUGCUGGGGCUUUUCCCAAUGAGAUUGUUUUUAGCUGCCAACAAGCUUUCUUUAAAUAGUAUUGUGCACCCAUAGUAACAAAUUGUGCUCCUACUGUCAGCAGUGUAAAUCUGAAAUAAUUCUUGACUUCUGUGUAUUUACUUCAGGUUUAACAAAACAGAUUUGAGUCAGAUAUGGUUUGGUGUUACAAUUUUUCCCUUUAAUUUUAUUUUCCUCUCUGUGUGCAUGAAAAUCAUUAACAUAAGGGACAAGUGAUAAACUAACACAACAGUGAAAGCAAUUGUCAUCCCCAAAACUGACAUGGGUACAGGGAAUGUCCCCUUAGGAGGGGAUGGAAGAACACUUAGAAAUGGUCCUUGACUUCAGUAUUAAUUGUGACAAUGACAUUUAACAGGAGUGGAAGUGUUUUCCUAAUUAAAUUUCACCCUGAACCAGCUAAGUAUCUGUAGGCACCUGCCUGCCGCUCUGCAAGGUGCUACGUUGUUAGCCUGGGAAAUCAAGCACCGGUGCAAGGCUCUGUUUUAUCUGUGCUAAGGGCUUAUUGUGUUAACUAGCUCUGGUCUUGAGGUUGACUUUCUCUUUGGGAAUGACUCUAUACAAAUUAGUGUGGGUUUUGAAGACUAAGGAUACUAAAUGAGUGUAUCUUUGCUAUACAACAAAUGUGAACUAUAAUAUUCAGUGCUGGCUUCUGAUGUGUCAGUAAGUACAGAAGUGUCUUGGACACAAUGACCUUUGCAACCUUUCAAGCUGUGUAAUAUUCAAAUGGUUUUGUAUAUACUUAAAUCAUGUAGGAUGAUGUAAAACCAGUAUGACCUUGUCUAGUCUUUAAACUUAACAAUAAAACUUUUGAAAAAUGA